AUGUCCCUUGCCGACGCGCUGGGCGAGCUGCACGCCAUCGUGGCCGCACGCGUGCCGCAGCUCGCGCCGCUCGCCAGCCCGGCAGACCUCGCAGCCGCCGCGGCGGUCCUGCGCCCGCUGGCCGAUGCGCUGCGCACAGAUGCGUCGCGCGCGGAGCUCGGCGAGACGGAGCUGCCGCGGCUCGUCGUGCAGGUGCUGCGCGCCGCCGUCGCGGAGGAGGGUGCGGGGUCCGCCGAGGCGCGCGUGCAGGCGAUGCGCACGCUGGCGAACCUGGCGAUCGACUGUGUCGAGAACCGAGAUGUGCUGCUCGCGGUCGGCGCCGCGCAGCCGGUCAUCGCGCUGCUCGCGCUGCAUCUCGCCUCGGCGGGGCCCCUCUCCCCGGCUGCGCUGGCGCAGGUGCGCACGGCGGCCGGCGCGCUGCUCAACCUGACGCUCGAGCACGUCGCCGCGCAGCGCGCACUCCGCUCGCCAGAGGCUCUGCACACGCUCGUCGGCCUCGUCUGCGACGCCCGCCUGUACGUGCCGCUCUGCUGGACGCGCGAGCCGGACACCGAAUGGGAGGCGCGGCAGAGCACGGCGACGUGGCUCGCGCGUGUGCUCAGCGAUGCGUGCGCCGUGGAAGAGUCGCAGGAGCGCGCCGACGAGGCCGACGACCGGCGUGACAAGGACGAGCCGAUCGCCGGGCUUGAGCACAUGAGUCUGCACGCCGAGCCUCUGGAGACGCUGUGCGAGGGGCAGGGCUAUGCGGGCCUCUUCCGUCCGCUGCUGCCCUUUCUGGACGCCACAGACGUGCCUGCGGGGCUGGACGCAGACGAAGCGCUCGAGCUGCUCUCGUCAGACAUCGACCUCGUGUCCAGCCUGCUGGCACUCUUCGACGCCGCGUCUCGGCGAUCUGCGUCGUUCCGCACGCGUGCGAUGCUCGCGGCGCCAGAGCUCGAGGGCCAUACCCACGCCAUGCCGGCGUGCCCUCUGGCGCUCCUGGCUCGCUUCCUCGAUGUGGCGACCCUGCCGCCCACGCUCAGCGGAUCGCCCGAGCAGCCCAGCGACGAGGCCAAGGCCUUUGGGCUUGUCAAGGCAGACGCCGCGCGCGCGCUCGUUGGGAUCAGCGCGGCAGACGAGAACAUGGAGCUGCUCUUCGGCAGUGCCGGCGAGUCUGCGUGGUUCGUCGAGCUGUGCCGCGAGUGGCUGGCCCGGCGAGACCGCUCAGAUCUGCAGAGCACUGCUCUGCUCGGCCUCGGCAACCUGGCACGCAAGGAUGAGCAUUGCUUGGCGCUGGCGCAACAUGCGCAGCUGCUGCCGACACUAUCGUCGCUGCUGGGCGCUCAGGCUCCAGACCCGAAGCUCGCGUACGGCGCCGUCGGACUGCUCAAGAAUCUCGCGAUUCCGGCGGCAAACAAGAGCGUUCUGGGCGAGCGAGGGUUCGUGUCCGCCGUUGUGCCCUUCCUGGCGACUCGAUACGAUGGCGUGCAGCCGCUGCAGUUUGCCACCGUCGGCCUGCUCAAGCAUCUCCUCGCUGGCGUGCCAGAAAAUGCCAUGGCCCUCGUCUGCCCGCCUGCGACGCCCGAGGCAGAGGCGCCACUCGCAGCCGUGCUAGAGCUCGUCGGCCGCACGCAAGACGCGCCCACUCGGCUGGAAGGCACGCGCAUCCUCGUCAACGGCCUGCGCGCACUCUUUGCGGCAAGUGCUGCGGGCGACAGCGACGACGAGCGGCGGCGGCGGUCCGAGGCGCGCUCCCGCUUCGUGCGUGCACCCGUGGCAGACGCGCUGGCUGCCAUGCUGGGCGCCAGCAGCAAGUACCCGAUCCUCACCAACGAGGCCAUCUUUGCUCUGACGCUGCUGGCUUCCGAGUCUCAAGGACGAUCACUCGUUCUCGAGGCGCUCUUCCUCGCGCGGGAGGAAGAGUCCGACGAGCGCUCGCCGCGGGCGCCGCAGCGGCAGGGCACCGCCGACUCUGCAGCGUCCACGCGCACUGAAGUGCCCAGGCCGCCCAAGACGGCGUGCGACCGGCUGCGCCUCGUGCUCUGGACGCCCAACUCGUCGCCCGCGAUUCACGCUACUCGAGCCCUGCACUGCUGA